AUGAAUAACCUGAUCACGCAAAACGGAAGUUUACUUAACGAGACCACGUCCUAUAGUGAUGUCAUCGAACCAACAUAUGGAUACGUGUCAGAAAGCGUGAUAUACACCAUGUAUGGUUUAUGUAUGUUUCUUAUUGUGUCUGGGAAUCUCAUGGUUAUUGUGGCGGUACUUUUAGAGCCAAAGCUACGCCAAGCUGGCUCCAAUGUGCUAAUAGCAUCACUAGCGGUCUCCGAUCUUCUCGUGGGUGCCUAUUACAUUCCGUCGGUAAUUAUGUGGAACAAAGCGCUGAGUCUUAUGGUAAACCCAAUCAUUUGUAACAUCGACGGAUUUAUCCAACUCACCAGCACGGGAGCCAGUGUUUUCACUCUCAUCGCCAUCGCUUCGGAUCGCUUCAGGGCAAUUGUCACACCACUGAAGCCGAAGAUCACGCGGGGACAGGCUGCUAUCAUGGUGGUCGUGGCAUGGUCUUGUGCGAUGAGUUACGCCAGCUACGUUCCGAUAGCGUGGGAGUAUCAGAUAUAUCGAUACCAGAUCGGCAAUGAGACGUUUGAGAUUCCAUAUUGCCACCACCUCCCGCAGUAUACGCUAAAGACAUUUCGUGUUAUUGACUUCUUUGUGUUGUUUUUAAUACCAUUAUUUGUUCUCACGGGGUUAUACGCUCCAAUGGUCUAUAAACUGUGGCUGGAGAAGCAACCAGUCAGCAGCACGGGUUACAAAAAGAAAAACGCUGUGAAAAUGCUCUCGAUGGUGGUUAUUUUGUUUUUCGUGAUGUGGCUACCUCACUAUACAUUUUACCUGUACGUCAAUUAUGUGGACUAUACACGUAGUCAUGCCAAUCUGAGGGCAGUGGCUCUUUUCUCUGUCUGUUCCAACUUUUCAAAUAGUUGGGUAAAUCCCGUUAUCUACGCGUGUUUUAACGACAGUUUCCGAAAUGCCUACAAAAAUGCGCUCCUGUGCCGCCUGUGGAGGAAAUCUCGUAAAAUAAACCCAGCAUCGUCUCAUAAUUCAGGACGUGGCACGCGAAUACCGAAUCAUACCAUUGAACAGCCGAUGUUGUCAAGGAAUACAUUACUGACGACGUCGACCAUUCAUACUACCUCGGGGAGCAGUUUUAUCUCCGCUCUGCCUUCGAGUCAUAGCUAUAUACCACCAGCUCCUAGCUUUGUCGGGCAGUCUGAACGUCUAUUGGUUCCACCAAUCAAAUAUUGA